AUGCCUAAGGGUGUCGAGGUUACUCAGGAGAUCAACCAGCCAGGAGCCGAGUACGACGACGAGCGCGAUGUCCUUGGACGUAUCGACUAUACGUUCUUCACCGGUGACAAGGCCGGUCAAACUGUCAAGGAUCGAUGGAUCUACUUCCAAGAUGGCUGCGUGGUAAAAAACUUCAAGGAACCUGACGAUCAGAUCGUCCUUGGUUGCUACACUACCAACAACGAUGUUGCUGCCACCUUGAGCAAAUUUGGCAAUGGCUGGGUCGAUACUAUCGGACUUCACCCUGAAGCUGAUGAUAGUUGGUUCGAGAGCGUAGGGAUUGAUGCUCCGGACGGUCUGCAGUACGAUAUUGGCUGGGACGUCAUCGAGGCGACCAUGUUAGGUGCCUAUGGCGAGAAACAAGCUGCCAGCAACUCGUCCACCAGCCAACAACCGUCCAGCACAUCAUCGACAAGCGAUCCGACGACCGCUGAGCAAUCGGGCAGCUCACAGUGCAGUUCUUCGACUAUAUGGUUUCUAGGUGCUUUGUAUUUGACUGUACUCGCACUUUGGUAG